GAUUUGUACCCUACAGCGGCUGCUUUCCUGCUCCAAGCCAAGACUUCCAGCACCCUUUACCAAGGAUUCUUCCCCUGCCUGAGCCUCCUCGAUGGGCAGAAGCCCAUGCAGCACCACUGGCAGCUCAGGGAAAAGUCAUCCCCUAUCAUCCCGGCAUCCGGCUGGCCUGUGGGCCCGGGUGGAGGCAGUUUGCAGCCACAGCCCGCUCACAAUUCUCCCCAAAAGCCGAGCAAAGGUUUCUCUGCCAUCCAGACAUUGCGCUGGUGUGUGGUCAGGAGGAGCGCCGAGGGCCUUGCAAGGCUGGCAUGUCCUUGGUGUGCGGACAGGGCUGGAGGGGGCCUCCUUGCCGUGCAGGAAAUGAUCAGCCAACCAGGACCGAAGGAGUGCCUUUACCACUGGUAACAGAAACUGUGGAUGUCAGGCGGUUUGACCGGACCCCCAGGAUGGAUCUGCCCAAUCUCAUUCAGCGAAAAGCUAUUUCAGGAUAUGCUGGAUUUAUCCCAUGCUUCAGCUGGAUUAUGGGCGUCAACUACCUGAAGGGAGUGAAAGAUGCCAUGAAUAAUUUUGAUAGAAACCAGGAAAGGCUGAGAAACCCCAUGUAUAGUUUUGGACAGCGCCUGCCCCACACUUACUGGCCCAACACAAAGAUCUACAACAGCAGAGGCCUGGUUCCAUUCUACACUGGGUUUGUGCCAACUAUCCGUGAACAUUAUGCCCUAACUUUUGGGAACAGCACUCGGAAAGCUUAUUAUGAUGAAGUACAGCGGAGACAACAUACAGGUUGAAAAUGCUUUUAAUGCC